UCUUUUUGACUGCUGCAAGUACAGCCCUCAGCCACCUCAGUCAAUCGUCUGCUCUACCCUCCAGAGGUGAACCAGCCCCGGUAACCCCUGAGACUCGCCAUGGCUUCAAAGAAAAACGCCAAAGUGCACGUAAAACCCAAAGGCCUCCCCCCUCCCUCUCCAAAGGGCUGGAAGAAUGGAAAGCUCAAAGGAUGGUACUAAAGCCCAAUCGGCCAAUAAGAAUGGGAAGAAGGCAGACUCUGGGUCCAGCAGCAGUGGCAGCUUCUUCACCUGCUUCAUCGUGCUCGCCCUGCUGGGUGUCUGGACAUCGGUAGCGGUGGUGUAUUUCGACCUGGUCGACUAUCAGGGAGUCCUUGACAAGGCUAAAGGCUUACAAAUUAACCUGUCUGAGGCCUUGCAAGGUAAACUGGUGGCAUACGAUACAGAUGGCGAUGGUGAUUUUGAUGUCGAGGAUGCUAAAGUUCUGCUAGGACUGAAAGAGAAGGCUGUUGUCGUCACUUCCCGUCGUGAAGCUGCCCCCGUGGAGACACCUGAACCAACACCUGAAGCUUUUCUUGAGCCUGAGCCCGUGCUUGUUGAAGAAGUGCUGGAAGCUGCUGAAGCCGACGACACAGCUUCAACACCACCAGAGCCUGAACCUGAGGUAGCAACUGAGCCAGAGGAACCUGAGGCUGAACCAGAACCAGAACCUGAAGAGACUGCUGAGGUUAUUGAGGAGGAUCCAGAGGUGCUAGCAGAGGAACCUGAAGCUGUGGAAGAGGAGGCUGCAGAUGAGGCUGCUCCAGUCGAGGAGGAGGUAGCAGCAGCUGAAGAAGUUACCGAGGAGGUAGCAGAAGCAGCUGAGGUGGAGGAAGAAGCAGCAGAGCAAGCUGUGGAGGAGGAAGCUGCUGAUGAGGCAGUGGAGGAGGUUGAGGCGGCUUUUGAGGAGGUGGCCUCAGUUGUAGAGACUGUUGCAGAGGAGAGUGCUCCUACAGAAGAAGCUGUGGAGGAGGCUGCUCCUGCAGAGGAAGCUGUGGAGGAGGCUGCUCCUGCAGAGGAAGCUAUCGAGGAGGCUGCUCCAGCAGAGGAAGCUGUGGAGGAGGCUGCUCCUGCAGAGGAAGCUAUCGAGGAGGCUGCUCCAGCAGAGGAAGCUGUGGAGGAGGCUGAGCCAUCUGAGGAAGCUGUGGAGGAGCAAGUUGAGGAAGAGGAGGCUGCUCCUGCAGAGGAAGCUAUCGAGGAGGCUGCUCCUGCAGAGGAAGCUGUGGAGGAACCAGCUGAGGAAGAAGAGGCUGCUGAGGAAGAGGAGGUGGCUCCUGCAGAAGAGGCUGUUGAAGUUGUAGCAGAAGAGGAGACGGCUCCUUCAGAGGAACCUGCAGUGGAAGAGGCUGCACCCCUAGAAGAAGUGGUUGAGGAGGUAUUAGAAGAAGUGGAAGCAGCUACUUCUGAGGAGUCCACAGAGGAAGCACCUGAAGAGGUAGCACAAGAAGAGGAGGAAGCUGCUGAAGAUUCAGCUGUGCAGGAGGAAGCAGCUGCAGUGGAGCCUGCUGAAGAGGAGGCAGCAUCCUCAGUGGAGGAAGAAACAGUAGCAGAAAACGAAGAAGUACAAGAGGAAGAGGAGGCAGCAGAAGACGUUGCAGAGUUUGUCGAGACAGUGGAACAGGAUCAGGAAGAGCCCACAGAAACGUAGAGGACGUUGCAGUCUUUGUGGUGACGGAGCAGGGACCCACUGAAGUUGCAUCGGCACCAUCUGAGCAUGCUCAGAACAAAUGGUGCACCUCUCCAUCUCCAGAGAAACGAAUGAGUCAUUAUGACCACACUCUGCCCCCCCCCCCCCCCUUGUUUUUCACAGCUCUUUGAACUUCCUGUUGGUAUGAAUGAGUUAAUGGAUGAAUUGUUUACCAGUUUACUACUUCUUUACCCCAUUGUUCUUUUUGUUCUACAAAUGGAGCACCCAUUUUUAGUGAUUUUCUUUCAAACUCUCGGAACAUGUGAAGUCUUUGUGUUGCAGCCAAUCAGAGUCUGUCUGGAACAGCUGGAAUGUCACAGCCGUCUUGAACUGUAUUAAGUCUUUCAGUGAUGUAGUUUUGCUUCCUAGAGCUAAAUUCUGCUAACUGAAGCUAAAGUUCAUAACUGAGUCUACAUCAAGCUGUUUCAGCUCGGUCUCUGUGCUCUUUGGAGGCUCAGAGCCACAACAGAAAAGGGAAUUCAGCUCGAAAACAACACAUUAGGUCUUAUCGCCACUGAGGUAGCAAAGAUGUGUUUUUGGGGAAAAGAUGAUCCUCUACCUUUGCCUGUUUUGAUUCUGGUCAGAUUUGUAAUACUAUGCAAAGCUGUCCUGAUGUCUCUCACCUGCUUCACUCACUCCUCCUCAGCUUACCAGUUUAUUUACCACUCAGUGUGUGUGUGUAUACUCCAGGAUACCUCACCACUUAACUACCACAUGAAUUAAGAGAAAAAGCAGGUGUGUGCGCGUGUGUGUGUGCGUGUGUGUGCGUGCUGAUGUGUUCCUCAUGUAUCCCUCGAUGAGCGAGCUCUUGUGUGUUGAUGAAUCUCUUUUUUUUUUUUUUUUCUAAUUAGUCCUUCUGUGAGCCGUAGAUAUCAUGUCGAGUUUUUGGACAGUGUUUAAUUUUUUAAUUUUUUUUGUUCUUUAACCUUUACCUCUGUGUGUGUGUUUGUCUUUUAUAGAUCCUAGCUGUUUGUUUGUUUUUUCUAGUUUCAGAUUUGAAUAUCAUGACCAUCUAAAACUAUCAAAUAAUUUUGAGCUGAAGUCUUUGGACGUGAAGCUCGGCUCUGUGUUUAAACUGUGAUGUAAACGAGGGCACCAUGAACAGUGCAAAGCUGACACUCGGGGUGUAAAGAUUAUUUUUCAAAUCAACCAGCGACACAUGAAUCCAGACCCCAAAAGGCAGAAUAUCUCAACUGAAGCAUUUUUAACCCUUUGUGAUCCGGAGUCUGCUUUCUUUAAUGGUAGCUUCAAAACAGUAGUAACCUCUGGCUAACAGAGGGUUAAAUAGAUGAGACUUCUCAUUCCAGUGUGAUGAUCUUUGUGCUUUUUCUUCAGUUGUGACACUCCUGCCCUACUCUGCUUCAACUGUGUAGUUUCAUUUCCGGAGAGGGAAAUGUGGUGACGUCCUUUCCCCCCUCCUCUCAUCUUUGUGACACCAGAAAGAGACUUGGUGUCUUUUGAUCCCUGGUACCAGGGCUCCUGCAAGCUCAUACAUCUGAGAUCUUUCUAUCACAGGACUUAAAUGAAGCCAAAUCACACCUUUGUGUUCUUUUGAAGGUGACGGUGACUUGUGUAUGCUUAUUUUCUUAAUUUUCAAGCUGCACCACACAAGUGUAUUUUCCACAUGACACUACGAUAGUUUCUGGGCAGUUGUUGCAACACUGUUGAUGACAAAACAACGAUUAGUAGAUCUGAUUUUGAAGGAUUUAUUUAAAAACACUACAGUUAGUGGAAGAGAGAUCGGGGGAAACAUUCGUGGUGUUUUAAAAAGCUAUCAUUCAGAAUAACCCUAACAUACUGUAAAGCAGCGUUAGAGGGGAUGUAACACAUUCCAGUGCUGUGCAGUAGUCCUCUGUCGGAUGUCUUGUCUGUUUUUUUCUAUAACAGUUGCUGGUCUUUUCUACUUCUUUACACUUUGUAAGUCAAUGUGAACUGUAAAACCUUUUUAAGAUUACAAUCUUUACCAAGAAAGAGGUCUAGAUUUUUAAAAGCAACAUUUUUAAAAAGGACUUGGACAAAUAAAAUGAUAAUAAAAACUCUUUCUUUACAGCUCUUUACCAAGCCGUGAGUUGUUCAGGACAGGGGGGUUUAAGGGGCUGUGCUCUUUAAGAAAACAACUUAGUUCUCCAAGAAUUCAACGGAAAGAGCAAUAACAUUAAACAGCUGAGUAACCCAGUGAUACAGAUGUUUAUUUUUUCUUUACUAACGUUGGAUCAGAAGUCAUUUACAUGCUGGGAAGGGUUGUGAAGAAAUGGACAGAUUUUCUCCCAAACAAAGGAGGUGGCAGUAAACUGGGCAGUACACAGACCUGCACAGUUCUAUGGGAAUAAAAGAUUGUUGGGUAAAGACAGCCCAUCACCUCACAGUGGUGUCUGCAGAGUCAAGCUGUCCUGUAGAUACUAUUGAUUAAAUUAUUGUGAAGUAGCCAUGGAUUGUGUAAAGCAGUUAUGAAGACACAAUUUUCUGUAAACAAUCUGUCGCUGCCUGCAAUAAAAGGUUUGGGACAACAAA